AUGUUCGCAACAGGACACGAGAGUACAUCUGCAAUAUUAAGCGUGAGAUACGUCGCUCGAUAUGACCCACAUUCACUGCGAGCGACUGUUUAUGAUGACUUUUUGAAAAAUGUAGUUUUUAAUUUCGAGCAUGGGUCGAAUCGAAUGAGCUCACAUGCGACUUUAACUUCGUUCUUCGGGCGGACGUAUAACAACCUGUCCUCGAUAUCCGAAUGCAAGAACAAUGGUGAAUGCGUCAUCAAUAAGAAGAACAGGACAGCUUGCAAAGCGUGCAGGUUACGAAAAUGCCUGCUCGUUGGAAUGUCAAAAUCUGGAUCGAGGUACGGAAGGAGGUCGAACUGGUUCAAGAUACAUUGCCUCUUGCAGGAACAGCAACAGCAGCAUAUACAACAAUUACAGACAAAUAAAUCACCGCCUUCAUUUAACACGUCAAUAAAUCCUUCCUUCCUCCCAACAAAUCUUUUGCCGGCGGCGGCUUUAGCUGAAUAUUAUAAAAAUUCUGAGAAGUCAUUUACUGACGACGUAACACGGCAGAGCGUCUCGCCGUCUGACUCGGGGGCAUCGUCAGCUGAUCCUGAAGAUGAUAAUAGUUCAAGAAGCACUAGUGGUUUAAGUAUAUUCCGAUCUGCGUCAUCACCAAGCAGUGACAAGGAUAUUCGUUUACAUGCGAUUAGAAAUCAAAAUAAAGAUGUUAAACGGAAAAAGCCGUCCAUGGCUCCCUUUGGGGUAUCUCAUCAGCUGACUCCAACGCCUAGUUUUACACCACGUACUGUAGCUUUUAUGCCAUCUCCAAUGCCGCAAAUGCGACAAAUUCCAGCUAUGAGUUGGCAAGGUCGCAAUGGAGGUGAUCUAUUACUACAUUCCCCUGCUGUUGCUGGGAUAGCUGUGGAGCAAGAUCAACCUAUCGAUCUAUCCAUCAAUCUAGGACGGACGGAGGAAGUGCCAAUGACAGGGUAA